AUGCUUUUGGCUGUAGAAGGAGGAGGAUUCUUUUCUUCUUCGGCAUCAGGGUAUACUAACGGUCUUGCCCUUUUGCUUUUUGGACGAAGAAAUGAAGAACCCAUUAAAGUCUCACCUUGGAAUCGUUACCAGUUAGUGGAGCAGGAGUUUGAACCUGAACCUCGGUCAACAGCCAGGAAAACUCAAAAUUCUCAGGGCUGUGCUUCCUUCAAUUGCUUUGGGUGUGCUCAUGUGCAACUUGAUAGGCAUUCUCCUAGUUCAGUCAGUCUUGUUAACCAGUCUGAGACUCAUCCAGAAACAGCCUCUUCUGACACGAGUAAGACUUCAACUACUGAUGCUCUUAAUAAGAGUGACAAGAAGCCUUGCCUGAAGAAUAAUUUGAAGAAACCUUCCAGAGAUUGUUCUGCAAGUUGUGAAGUAGUCAAUGCCAAUGAACUUUCAGAACAAGUGGAAAAUGAGACUUCUUGUUCCACACUAGGGAGAAAAGUUCAGUGGACAGAUAAAUGUGGCAAAGAGCUUGCCGAGAUCAGAGAAUUUGAACUCAGGUAUAUCUUGCCUUAA